AAAAAAACAAUGGGUGCAAUCUGAUUUUCCAAAGGAAAUGACAAUUUAAAAUAUAUAAGAAGUUCAGGUUAAGGUGAAAAUCCAUGGAAGGAGCCUGAAGUUCCUAGAACCUAAGCAACUUACUUAGUCACACAGUGUCACAUAUGAUACUGAACCAAAAUUUUCAUAAUUCCGAGUUCUGCCACUAUCCAAGCAGCCAACCUGCCUCUCCUUUGGUGACAUUCAUGUGAAAAUGAACCAGUUCUCUCCAGUGAUAUUCCAUGACUAAGAAGCAUUAAUUAAUACACCAGUAGCAAAAACCUGAGACAAAAUAGAUGCCCAUCAAUUGGGAUAUGGCUAAACAGAUUGUGGUACAAGAAUGGAAUGGAAUCUAACUGCACUAGAAGAAAAAACAAAAUUGAAGAUUACAGAGAAUCAUGGGAAGACAAAUGUGAAGUGGUAAAAAAUUGAAUAAGACAAAACAGGAAAACAAUAUAAAAAAUUACUUAAACAAAGUAAAUGUAAAUGACAACCAUAAAACAGAACUAAAUGUUAUGAAAUUGUGGUCCCAAAGAAGAAAAUAUUAGCUAUAAUAUAUAAUUUGGUUGAGGAGUUAGUUAGCUUUGCUGAUGUUUUUUCCUUCUAAUUAUCAAUGAUGGAUGACUGUGAAUGGAUAAGGGGAGAUAUAUUAGGAAAUUAAUAUAUGUAAAAAUGCAUCAAUAAUUUUAAAAAAGUAAUACUUGAAUGUGAAGUCGGAGAAGGAGAAUGUUUCCUCUGACACAGCAUCCUAGGAUGUGCAACAUCAGCAUAACAUUCCAUGAAAGAAUCUUAGCCUUUUAUUUUGGUUUCCAUAGGGUGUUUCACAAGGCUUCAGGAAGAUUUUUCACUGAAUGAGUUUUCCUGAAGAAACUUAAAUACAUAGAAUAUGGGUACCUUGAUUCAUUAUAAAAUAAGCACUACCCAAGUAAAAAUUAUUUUUGUCCUUUACUAUGGCCAAUGUAGUAUGAUGUGGGGAAAAGGGGAUAGGAUUGGGGGGGGGGUAGUAGAAAAGAACUAAAAGGAAUAUAAAUGUUUUUCCAUUAAUGAAUGAGUGAAUAAAAGUGGUGUGUGAAUUAAUGCAAUUAUUAUGCAGCAAGAAAUAAUAAAAAAAACAAAUAUGAAGAUUUCAGAGAAACUUGGGAAGAUUUCUAAGAACUGAGAUAGCACCAGAAGCAGGAGAAUAAAUUACAUUGUAAGCACCAUAUUCUAAAUAAAAAUAAAUCUGAAAGAUUUCAGAAUUCUAAUCAAUACAGUCACUCAUUAUGGCUUGAAGGAACUGAAGGGGAAGUAUAUCUCCUUUCUCUGUAGAAAAUUGACUAAAGGCAUUGAAUGCACACUUUUAAAAAUAUUCCUGUUGCAUUUAUUUGCUUUGCUCAAUUGUAUUUUGUUAUUAAGAUGGGUUUUUGUAGAGAGUUAAUUCAUUGGCAAGUGAAAAAAUGUAAAAAAGUAUUUAUAAAAGUGAUUUAAAGAAGAGCUCAGAAACAUUCUUUCAUAUAGGACUGAGAUUGGAUCAUCCUUAGAAUAAUUGAUCCCAAUUAAAGUUAAGUAGAUCUACUCCAAAUUCUUUCCUCUUGCUCAGAAUCAGACAACUGGAUAUCCUUUCUGGGAAAACACAGACAAGAUGUUGAUUUCCUGGAGUCACCUCCCAGUGUGUGUGGAUUUCUAGGAAUAUACAUUCACUCAUUUGGUGCUGGUUUUGGUGGGGAGGAAUAGUGUAAGUUUUCUCAAUGGCAAGGAACCCUCAAAUCACAGAGCCAUUCCUCCAAUCCAGUUAAGCAGUUAAUAACUAGCAACAUCACAUCAAGAAUAUGUGAGACUGGCUGGUGUGUAUUAUAGACUCUUGGACUUCAGUGGGGAAAAGAAUGUGUAAAUGCUUUCUUUCACAUGUCAGGCUUACCAAUUAUUCUUCCCCUACCUCAAAGUCUGUAAAAACCAUCUUCGAUGGAUUACUAAGUAAAAGUGUGACUUUUUGCUCAAUUUAAACAGUGCGUCAAAAUGCUCUAAUGGAUAUUUCCUUUUCACAGGCUUAUUUUUACUUUAUAUUUAUAUCCGUAAGGUGUUGGACAAAGUGUCCGAAAUCAAGAUGCCGUGUAAUUUUAUAGUAUUUGCAACAGUGAGACGUAUUCUCUUGUAAAGAAUGAGCUAGGAAUCUUUUGAAAUACAUAGAGGAAUUCAAGAUAUAUGAUGAGAAACAUAUUUUCCAUGUUCUAUUAAUUGCAUUGAGAUGAUGAGCCGCGUGGUGGCGCUGCAGGCUAAGAAGAGAAAAAAUAUCGGCAGAUAAACCAGUUCCCAGAAAGACAGCCCUGAAUCAGUCAAGAAGAGAAGAUUUCUUAGCUGGAACUAAAGAAUGAGUCCAUCGCCAUCAUGUUUCUGAGAUACUAGUCCGACUGACUUGAGUUGUAGUCUCUGGUUACCGUCUGGAGUUGAGCUGGAUUAGACAGAUUGAGAGGAGCGAACCAAAGGAAAAAUGGAUCGGGAGGAGGUGAUAAUUCUGCAACAAAGGCAAGUUCUUUUUCUCUUUGUUAUAUUGGGUGUGUCUGGGGCAGUCUCAGAGCUGGAGCAGUUUUCCGUUGUGGAGGAGAUAGAGAGAGGCUCCUUGGUGGCUAAUGUGGCAAAGGGCUUGGGUCUGAAGGCCGAGGAAUUGUCAAAUCGGGGGGCCAGAGUCGCUUUCAAAGGGAACAAAGAGUAUUUACAGCUGCAUCCUAAAACCGGAGAUCUGCUCCUCAGAGAGAAACUGGACCGAGAGGAUCUGUGCGGCCCCAUUGAGCCCUGUGUGCUGCCAUUCCAGAUCUUAUUGGAAAAUCCCUUUCAGGUUGUUGGGGCAGAAUUAAGGGUACAAGACGUAAAUGAUCAUUCACCAUUGUUCUUAGAAACUGAGAUGCUUCUAAAAAUUCCUGAGAGCACUUCCCCCGGGACUGUUUUUCUACUAGAAAAUGCUAGAGAUUUAGAUGUAGGAAGCAACAGUCUCCAGAACUAUAAAAUCAGCCCCAAUUCCCUCUUCCAUAUUCAAAUUCGAGAUAGCAGUGAAGACCAGAGAUAUCCAGAGCUUGUACUGGAUAAAACAUUGGAUCGGGAGGAGCAAUCUGAGGUCAUUUUAACUCUCACUGCAAUAGAUGGUGGAGUCCCACCAAGGUCUGGGUCUGCCCAAGUCCGAGUCAUCAUAGUGGAUAUCAAUGACAAUGCACCUAUAUUUAUUCAGUCUCAGUAUGAGGUUCAGAUCUCUGAAAACAUCUCAGUUGGAUCCAAGGUUGUCACAGUCUCAGCCACAGAUUUAGACAUAGGGAAUUAUGGAGAAAUAUCUUACACAUUUUUUUAUCCAUCUGAAAACAUUCGUAAAACUUUUCAUCUCAAAGAGAAAUUGGGAGAACUUUACUUAAAGGAAAAAGUGGAUUUUGAGUCAAUUCAAUCCUAUACAAUAAAUAUUCAGGCCACAGAUGGUGGGGGACUUUCAGGAGAAUGUACUGUUGUUGUUCAAGUGAUGGAUUUAAACGAUAAUCCUCCAGAGCUGACCAUGUCUUCACUUACCAGCCCCAUCCCAGAAAACUCACCUGAAAUUGUGUUCGCUGUUUUCAGCGUUUCAGAUCUAGACUCUGGGGAAAAUGGAAGGAUGGUUUGCUCCAUCCAAGAUGACCUUCCUUUUUCCCUAAAACCUUCUGUUGAGAACUAUUAUACACUGGUAACAGAAGGAGCACUGGACAGAGAGAGAAGAGCUGAAUACAAUAUCACCAUUACUGUCAUGGAUUUGGGGUCCCCAAGGCUCAAAACUGAACACAAUAUCACCAUAUGGAUCUCUGACAUCAAUGAUAACCCUCCAGUGUUUACUCAGACAACCUACAAACUGUACCUCCAGGAGAACAACAGCCCUGCCCUCCACAUUGGCAGUGUCAGUGCCAAGGAUAGGGACUCAGGAAUCAAUGCCAAAGUCACAUACUCCCUGCUGCCCCCAGAGAAUGGAGACCUGCCUCUCUUCUCCUACAUCUCCAUCAACUCAGACAAUGGCCAUCUCUAUGCUCUGAGAUCCCUGGAUUAUGAAACCAUCCAAGUUUUCCAGUUCACAGUGACAGCAACUGAUGGUGGUUCCCCAUCUCUGAGCAGCCAGACUUUGGUUCAAGUUGUGGUACAGGAUAUGAAUGACAACUCUCCCUUUGUGCUGUACCCCUUGCAGAAUGGCACAGCUCCCUGCAAUGACCUGGUGCCCAGGACUGCAGAGCCAGGUUACUUGGUCACUAAGGUUGUGGCUGUGGAUAGAGACUGGGGACAGAAUUCCUGGCUUUCCUACCAGCUGCUCAAGGCCACAGAUCCAGGACUCUUCACUGUGUGGGCCCACAAUGGGGAAGUUCGAACAGCAAGACCCAUCAGUGACAGAGAUGCCAUCAAGCAGAGGCUCCUGGUUCUGGUGAAGGACAAUGGGCAGCCUCCUCUGUCCACAGCAGCCACCUUGAAUGUUCUCCUGGUGGAUGGCUUCUCUGAGCCCUACAUGCAAUUUCCAGAUGCACCCAAGGAGCCAAUCCAGACUGAUUCCCUCACCACUUACUUAGUCAUUUCCCUGGCCUCUGUCUCCUUUCUCUUCCUGGUCUCUGUUAUUAUGGUCAUUGCUAUUCGCCUGUGGAAGAGGAAGAGGGAUGCCACUGAUGCUGCUCACUUCAAUCCAAAUGGUCCCUUCCCAAGUCACUUGGUGGAUGUCAGUGGGACAGGGACUUUAUCUCAGAGCUACCAAUAUGAGGUGUGCCUGACUACUGGCUCAGGAACCAGUGAAUUCAAGUUCCUGAAACCCAUUAUUCCCACCCUUCUUCCCACUGAGAAAAAUAAGGAUUCCAUUGACAACAACCUUAAGGAAUAGCUUUCGCUUCAAUUAGGGUUUGGCAUUUGCUUCAGUGCAUGGAGGCCAUGUUUUAUGACUUCUUUUCCCAUCUCCCUCCCAUUAGUUGGCUUUCUUCCUGUAGCAGAAAGGAGUAAAUAUUUUUAGCUAUUAUGUUUCAUCAUAAUAUUGUAAUAUUUUCUCUUCAUCUACACAUAUAUUUGCCUCCUCUCUCUGAAUCCUUUCCCUGUAGAUCUUUCUAUUCUUCCUUUUUUAAAUUUCCUUAGGUCCCCAAAUUAUUCCCAGUUACUUUUACUGAGCUAUGGCAUGCUCCCUUGUUCAUUUAAAACUUAAAUUUUAAUAUUCCUCACUCAAAUAAUUUAGCAAAUAUUUUUCAAGUGCUCAAACUUAAUUGCGACUGUACUCUCCCUCAAAGUUUUCCUAUCCUGUAUCACCCUCAAACUAAUAUUGCCCAAGACUUUUUAUAAUGUUAAUGAAAACAAUUAUGUUUCUCCAACAAGGUGAUUUAGACAUCUGUUCUGACCUUGUAGAGAAUUUUUCCUCCUUUUAUUAAUCAUUUUUAAAAAAUUAAAGAUCUUUAGAGAACACAAAUAAGCUUGUGACCCCCUAUAGUUGUGGCCCCUAUAGUUUUCAUCAUUAUCCAUGUACUUAAAAAAUUAUGAUCCAAAAUACUUGGUUGGAUAUUAUUUUUAAAAGGUAUGUAGACAUACUGAAAAUACUAUUUUAUUUGUGCUUUAAGUCCUGUAAGUAAUGCCUGUUUUUGUUAAAUCCCAAGAAAUAUAAAAACACUAAGAUAUUGUUGAAAAUUUUGCCAGACUACACAUUCAUGAAGGCAGCAAAGAGAUAUCUAUUAUAAAUUCUUGUGAAGAAAGAAAACAUGUUCAUUUGGAGACGAUCAUGAAAUACUAAAUGUAGACUUCUUACCAUUGAAUAUCAAUGACAUUAAACAUAAAUGAUGAUUUCUAAUCUCUACAUGUCUUUAACACAUAUCGAGAAGUGGAGUAAUGCCUGGUGUUAUUACUCCAUAAAGUCAUUCUUGUGAGCUACUUUGUAUAUGCUUAUGCCACCUUUUACCUGGAUUCCAAUAGAUUGAAUUUAUACAUUCCAAAGAAGGUCAAGGCAUCUACCUCACAAGGUUAUGGUGAGGUUCAAAUGAGAUGAUAUUUAUAAAGUGCUUAAAACCAUUCCUGGCACACAGUAAAUAUCCACUAAAUGCUUGUUCCUUCCUCUCCUUCUCAAGGAAACUUAAAAAUAAAUUUAAAUAAAUGUCUUUGUUUUCUUUUCUAGUUAUUUAAAUAGUUUUCCAAUUUGGGGAAUAUGCCAGUUCAUGAGUAUCACCAUUUUGGACAAAUUGUCUGCUUUUAUAAUAUUUCUCUGAAGCCUUUUAGAGACUACAUCCAUAGUCUUUUUGAAUUUUAUCACAGAAUGAUCCCUUACAAGGAUACCGUGAAUAGUCUUCACAAUUCUUCCAACUCAGUUCCUAUUCAAAUAAUGUAAAUACUGAAAAAAUGCCCUUAACAAUAUAUUUCUUGUUUUCACCCAAGAUAUAAACACCUGGAUUUGAAAGUAAAAGAAGGCCAUGUUUAUUUGGAACCAAAAUAUAUUCUUUAAUUUAUAAAAAAUAGUUUUUGUUAUUUGAAAAUACAGAUUAAAAAGAUAAAUCAGAUCUCACUUUAUCAUUAUUUGGGGUUCAAUGUGGGGCAGACAUUUUUCUUCUUUUUAUGACCUGAAGCACAAGAUAUUAGAGGUUUCUUCAACUUGAGGAACAACCCAUUUGUCAUAUUGCUAGGGAGUAGAUCCAGGCACAUAGAAUUUAAGUGGCUCAACAAUGGUCACAUAAAUAGUAAGUAUCAGAGGAGGAAUUUUGACUGGAUAUUCCUGACUCCAAUCUAAACAUGUACUAAAUUUGACACCAUGAUACCUCCUUUUUGGUGGCAUUGCUAUAGGAAUUAUAUGUUGGCCCACAGUUAUAUUCCCAUGAUCUUUUAUCUUUAAAACCUGAAAUAGAAAAUGUGAAUGUGGGGAUAUGGGGAGUUUCCAAUGUCAAAAUAUAUUCUACAGGUAUAAGCAGCAUAUAUUCCAUUGAAUUAUUUUCUUUUUGUUCCCCUCCCCCAUCCCCGCUUUUUCAGAAGUUGAGUCAGUGAAAUAGGGACUUUGUAAAGUAAAGGCAGUAUCUUCCUAUUUGCAGAGGAAAUACUUUUCUUCUUCUUCUUCUUCUUCUUCUUCUUCUUCUUCUUCUUCUUCUUCUUCUUCUUCUUCUUCUUCUUCUCCUUCUCCUUCUUCUUCUUCUUCUUCUUCUUCUUCUUCUUCUUCUUCUUCUUCUUCUUCUUCUUCUUCUUCUUCUUCUUCUUCUUCUUCUUCUUCUUCUUCUUCUUCUUCUUCUUCUUCUCUCUCUAUUUCUCUCUCUCUCUCUCUCUCUCUCUCUCUCUCCUUUUUUCUUCUAAGCUUAGGAAAAACCAGAAACACAUUUCCAUAUAAAAAGAGAACAGAGAAUGUUGUAUACAAAACUACAACUCUUCAUUGCUUAGACCUUACUUUAAAAUGCACAUAGUGUAAAUUUAAUGUUAUUUUCAAAAUUGCAUGGCCUAUCUUUGAUUCCUUCUGUUCUCUUUUGUGCAGGUUUUAAAAUACUGAAAUAAUGCCAUUUUUUUUUUGUUUUCUUCUCUUCACCACCCUGAGAGUUUUAUAAGAGUCUUUCUCUAAGACAGAAGCCAAGAUUCAGUUGCCAAAUUACUGUCUCUCCCUUCUACACUGAUUAACUCAAGUAAAUGUUUUAUUAUCUUCUCUUGCCCAUAUUCAGCCAAUGGCAAAUUUUCAAGGGAAAUACAGUCCUGGGCUAAGGAAACUCAUUUCCAAAAAGUCAGUUUCCUGGAUGGUAUUGUUGUUGAGUCAUUUUCAAUUAUGUCCAACUCUUUGUAAUCCCAAUUGUGGUCUUCUUAGUAAAGAUACUGCAGUGGUUUGCCAUUUCCUUCUCCAGUUCAUUUCACAAAUGAGAAAACGAAAGCCAUGAAGGUUAAAUGAGUUGUCCAGGGUCACACAGAUGAAUCUUCCUAAAUUUGGGCUGACAAAUCUUCCUGAAUACAGUCUCUGUGCUCUAUCCUCUGUGUCACUUGGCUGCCCUGAGUGACAUACUGAUUCAUAAAACAGGUAGGGAUAGUAGCCAAAUUUUUUUUUAGCAAAGAGCCUUUCUUCCAUAGAGCCCUUGCAUUAUUCUCCUUGUGCAGAAGAAUGAUGGUUUUUGAUGACCAGAAAUAUUAGAUGAGUCUUGGGGGGGGGGCUGCCUUAUAGAUUUACAGAUUUGAGGAAAAUAGGAAGCAUCAACUGCUUACAGUCUGGAUGCUACUGCUUCCUUUCUUUCCAUCCACUCCACAUUUACUCUCUACUCUCUGUAUUUCUGACUCAUUUUUUUUCAAAAUAUUGUCCCCUUUAAGUAUUGAAGAGUUGAGUGUGAUUUUUUCUUAGCUCAACUAAGUCUAUAUUCUUGACUGAAACAUUCUUUGUACCAACUUAAAAAUUAUAUAGGUAAAUAUAUCUAUAGGCAUAUUUGUGUGUGAUGCGGGGCAACGUUGUGAGUCUUUAUUACAUUUAUAUGGAUCGCCUUGCAGAAAAGAAGUUACACACCAUUUGUAUUACAAAAUAGAAUUCGAAGUAUUCUUGUUACAUGUUCCUUGUGACACCAUCUACUCCAUCCUGAAAAAAACAAUGAACUGCCGCAUGGUGGCGCUGCAGACUAAGAAGAGGCCGGAAAAUCCGGAGAAUGAGCUAAUUCCCGUAAAGAUAGCCCUAAAUCAGACAGUUCCGAAGGAGAAGCUGUGUUAGCUACAGCUGGAGAAGGAGAUACACUCUCCUGUUUCUGGGGUACCAGCCAGACGUAUGAAAGUGGUAGCUUCUGAUUACCAUUUGAACUCAAACUAGGCUACACAGAUUGAGAGGAGGGAGCCAGAGGAACAAUAGAACCAAAAGAGGCUAUGACUCCGCAACAAAGGCAAGUUCUCUUUCUCUUUGUUCUACUGGGUGUGACUGGGACGGCUUCAAAGCUGGAGCAGUUUUCCGUAGUGGAGGAGAUGGAGAGAGGCUCCUUGGUGGCCAAUGUGGCAAAAGGCUUGGGUCUGGAGGACGGGGAAUUGUCAAAUCGGGGGGCCAGGGUCGCUUUCAAAGGGAAUAAAGAGUACUUACAGCUGCAUCCUAAAACCGGGGACCUAUUCCUGAGAGAGAAACUAGAUCGGGAGAAGCUGUGCGGCCCCACCGAGCCCUGUGAGCUGCCUUUCCAGAUCUUACUGGAAAACCCUUUUCAGGUCGUUCGCGCUGAGCUUAGGGUACAAGACAUUAAUGAUCAUGCGCCAGUUUUCCUAGACACUGAGAUAAUCCUAAAAAUUUCCGAAAUCACCUCCACUGGUACUGUGUUUCUAUUAGAAAAUGCUCAAGAUUUAGAUGUAGGAAACAACAGUCUUCAGAACUACACUAUCAGCCCCAACUCUCAUUUCAAUAUUCAAAUUCGAGGGGAUGCAGAGGGCAGGAAAUACCCAGAGCUCGUACUGGAUAAAGUCCUGGAUCGGGAGGAGCAGCAUGAAUUUAGAUUAACUCUUACUGCAGUGGAUGGGGGAGUUCCACCCAAAUCUGGGACUGCCCAAAUCCUGGUGCUGGUUAUGGACAGCAAUGACAAUGCUCCUGUGUUCUCUCAGUCCCGGUAUGAUGUUCAAAUUCCUGAGGAUAGCCCUAUUAAUUCCCUCGUUGUUGCAGUCUCAGCUAAAGAUUUAGAUACAGGAAAUAACGCAGAAAUAUCCUAUUCGUUGUUCCGUGCCUCUCAAAGCAUUCGUAAAACUUUCCAAUUAAAUGAAAAAUCUGGAGAACUUCGUCUAAAACAGAAACUGGAUUUUGAAACAUGUCAGUCUUAUACAAUAGAUAUUCAGGCCACAGAUGGUGGAGGCCUUUCAGGCAAAUGUACUGUACUUGUUCUAGUGAAGGAUUUAAACGACAAUCCCCCCGAGCUGACUAUGUCCUCACUUACCACCUCUAUCCCAGAGAACUUGCCUGAGACAGCCAUUGCCGUUUUCAGCGUUUCAGAUCUGGAUGCUGGGGAAAAUGGAAAGAUAGUUUGCUCCAUCCAGGAUGAUCUUCCCUUUGCCCUAAAACCUUCUGUUGAGAACUUCUAUACAUUGGUAACAAAGGGAGCACUGGACAGAGAGAGCAGAAAUGAAUAUAACAUUACUAUUACAAUCGCAGAUUUGGGGUUCCCAAGACUCAAAACUGAACACAAUAUCACUAUACAUAUCUCUGACAUCAAUGAUAACCCUCCAGUGUUUACUCAGACAACCUACAAACUGUACCUCCAGGAGAACAACAGUCCUGCCCUCCACAUUGGCAGUGUUAGUGCCAAGGAUAGAGACUCAGGAAUCAAUGCCAAAGUCACUUACUCCCUGCUGCCCCCAGAGAAUGGAGACCUGCCUCUCUUCUCCUACAUCUCCAUCAACUCUGACAAUGGCCAUCUCUAUGCUCUGAGGUCCCUGGAUUAUGAAACCAUCCAAGUUUUCCAGUUCACAGUGACAGCAACUGAUGGUGGUUCCCCAUCUCUGAGCAGCCAGGCUUUGGUUCAAGUUGUGGUACAGGAUAUGAAUGACAACUCUCCCUUUGUGCUGUACCCCUUGCAGAAUGGCACAGCUCCCUGCAAUGACCUGGUACCCAGGACUGCAGAGCCAGGUUACCUGGUCACUAAGGUUGUGGCUGUGGAUAGAGACUGGGGACAGAAUUCCUGGCUUUCCUACCAGCUGCUCAAGGCCACAGAUCCAGGACUCUUCACUGUGUGGGCCCACAAUGGGGAAGUUCGAACAGCAAGACCCAUCAGUGACAGAGAUGCCAUCAAGCAGAGGCUCCUGGUUCUGGUGAAGGACAAUGGGCAGCCUCCUCUGUCCACAGCAGCCACCCUGAAUGUUCUCCUGGUGGAUGGCUUCUCUGAGCCCUAUAUGCAGUUCCCAAAUGCACCCAAGGAACCAAUCGAGUCGGAGUCCCUCACUCUUUAUUUGAUUAUUUCUCUGGUUUCAGUGUCUUUUCUAUUUCUGGUCUCUAUUAUCCUGUUUAUCACCAUAGGACUGUGGAAAAGAAAGAAGGGUGAAGGAAAUGAUUACUUUCCAUCCAGUGUCCCCUUCCCAAGUUAUUUGGGGGAUGUUAGUGGUACUGGGACCUUGUCUCAAAGUUACCAGUAUGAAGUGUGUCUGACCAGUGGUUCAGGGACAAAUGAGUUCAAGUUCUUGAAGCCAAUUAUUACCAACUUCCCUCUUCAGAAAUCUGGGAGUGGCACAGAGGAAAAUCAAACAUCUUAGAAUAACAAUCAGAAAUGCAGUUUUACGAGAAGACUUUGGGUGUCUUUUUUCUCCAGUCAGUUGCACUCACUCAUUCCAUUUUCUUAAGAAGUUCACUACACAACUUUUAAAUUAUUUUUUAUUUGUAUUAGUAUUAGAAAUGAAGUAGCAUUCUUAGAUAAUGAAAAUUCUGUUGUCAAUCUCACUACAAAAUCAAGCUAUAAAAUCUUAGUUACUGGCAAAUUUGUCUUUUUAAAAAUUAAACAACCCACAUUUUAAAUGCAUGUCCAUUUUUUUCUUCAGUUACACUUUUUUAUUCCUUUCUUUUAUCUUUUUAUCAUUAGAUUUUUAACCCUGGAAGAACAAUGAGCUGGAAUAACUUAGAUAAUGGUCUAAUGUGGGCUUUGGCAUUGCUAUGUGGCAUCUUCCUGUACACAGUUUCUUUAUGUGAAAAUAAUAUGCUGGACUAGAUUAUACCUAAAAUCCCUUCUAAUAUUAACCAUUUGUUGUCCUAUUGUUCUUAUUAAACAUAUAAAAUAUACAAGAAAAGUUGCCUUCAUUUUAAGGAACAGAGAGAUGUUUGAGAAUGCCUCCCUCCCCUUAAUCCUGCCUUGAUAGGCUACCAAAAUGGACAAUUUUUUGUUUCCUUUUACUUAUACUAUCUAACUGACCUUUUAUAACCCGUGGUAUAAACAUUUGGACCUAUUUGCACCAUUUAUGUUGAAAACUAGGCAGACUAAUAUCAUUUAGAGCCCUUUUCUCCACCCAGAGUAAAUUAGACACUAUAUCUUGUAGAUAUCUACACCGACAUUUUCAAUCAAACAUUGCUCAUUGUUAUAAACAAGAUAAUCAACAUGAGUAGGGGUAUCUUUCUGUCUAGUUUUAUAAUAUAAGAUAUUAAAAUUUGGUAUAAAAAGAUAGUUCAUAUCCUCUCAGUUUCCCAACUUUUAAAAUAAGAAUAAUAGCAGUAGAUACCUUGAAGUAUUGUUGUAUCAAAUGAAAUUAUUAUAUACAUGUAAGUCAUUUUUUCAGAGCUUAAAGUGCUAUAGUAGUUUACAUUCAGGGUCAACAGAGCUACUGACUACUUUAUUAUAUUUUCACAUUGGUUUACAUGAAAUCAAUUAGAACAAAAACCAAGCAAUCUUUUCUGUAUAAUAAUGGCUACAGUGAAAAUAUAAAAUAAAGAGCCAUCAUAAGACAUUUAAAACUUUUAAGUAGCAAGUAUAGCUGAGCUCUCAAAAAAUGAGCCACCAUUACACAUUUUGUUCUUAUUAUUCAGUAGUUUUAGUCAUGUCUGACUCUUCAUGACCCCAUUUGGGAUUUUUUGGGCAAAGAUACUGGAAUGGUUGGCCAUUUCCUUCUCCAAAUCAUUUUUUACACAUGAGGAACUGAGGCAAACAAGGUUAAGUGAGUUGCCCAGAGUCCUACUAAGUCUGAGGCCAGAUUUGAUCUCAGGGAAAUGUCUUCCUGACUCAAGAUUUAAUAAUCCUUCCAAUGUGCCACCUAGCUGUUUUCACUAUACAUAACCAAGGGAAAUAUAUCUGAAGGCAUCUGGAGUUCACAUCUGAAAAUGGGUGAAGAUUAUAAGAAAAUUUAGUGUAUCUGGCACAGGGAUGUGCUGGAGUCAGCUCUAAUGAAUUUUCUAAAUGUGACUGUUAAAUUUUCAAUAUAUUUAUUUUUACCCUAGAUAUCAACAAUUGCUACAAAUGAGGGCUUGGAUAAUUGUUUGUUGGUUGUCUAGAUUUAAUAAAGUAUUAACCAUGCAGCUUGAAA